AUGGCCAGAACCAAGCAGACCGCUCGUAAGUCCACCGGAGGCAAAGCCCCCAGGAAGCAGCUGGCCACCAAGGCCGCCCGGAAGAGCGCCCCGGCCACCGGCGGAGUGAAGAAGCCUCACCGCUACAGGCCCGGUACCGUGGCUCUGAGGGAGAUCCGCCGCUACCAGAAGUCCACGGAGCUGCUGAUCCGCAAGCUGCCCUUCCAGCGGCUGGUGAGAGAAAUCGCUCAGGACUUCAAGACCGACCUGCGCUUCCAGAGCUCCGCCGUCAUGGCCCUGCAGGAGGCCAGCGAGGCUUACCUGGUGGGGCUGUUCGAGGACACCAAUCUGUGCGUCAUAUUCAACAUGAGCGGACGAGGAAAAGGAGGAAAGGGUCUCGGUAAAGGAGGCGCUAAGCGUCACCGUAAAGUCCUCCGUGAUAACAUCCAGGGAAUCACCAAACCCGCCAUCCGCCGUCUGGCUCGCCGCGGCGGGGUGAAGCGUAUCUCCGGUCUGAUCUACGAGGAGACCCGCGGUGUGCUGAAGGUCUUCCUGGAGAACGUGAUCCGUGAUGCCGUCACCUACACCGAGCACGCAAAGAGGAAGACGGUGACCGCCAUGGAUGUGGUGUACGCGCUCAAGAGACAGGGACGCACCCUGUACGGAUUCGGGGGUUAAACCAACUGUCAACCAAACAACGGUCCUUUUCAGGGCCACCAACCUGAUCUCAGAGCAUAUUACCAACAUUUAUACGCACAUGAUUUUGGAUAAAAGUUGUCUUGAUUAAUUUAUUCGAUCCCAGGAAACAA